AUGUCGUUCAAGAGGGGCAUCAUCUAUCCGGCAAACCCAAUCGCCACACGCGGCAGCGCAACCAAAUUGUCGAGUAGCGGCAGCAAGCUUGUAUACGCAAAUGGAAGGACAAUUAUCGUGAGCAAUAUCCUUUUACCUGAUCCUCCUAUCUCUUACAUGGACGAUUCUGCCACUCAGAUCCGAGAUCUACUCGAUCCUGCAAAGAACAUUGUCUACACCGGCCAUGUUCAGCCGACGACGGUGGCACGCAUUUCACCCUCGGGCUACUAUUGUGCAUCCGCAGACUCGACAGGAACUGUCAGGAUCUGGGACAUUGUUGGUGAGGACAAUGUGCUCAAGCUUGAAACGAAACCGUUUGCUGGGCCGGUGAAUGACAUCGCAUGGGACGGCGAGAGUAAGCGGAUCAUUGCUGUUGGCAACGGGCGUGAAAGAUCUGGCCACGUGUUCAUGUUUGAUACGGGUUCGUCGGCUGGUGAAAUCAGUGGCCACUCCAAGGCUCGUUCCUUCUCCGACAACUGCACAUCUCGACCAUUUCGUGCUGUCACGGCAUCGGACGACACCAAAAUCAACUUUUACCAUGGUGCACCUUACAAGUACGAAAAAGGGAUCCAAACGCACACCAAGUUUGUUCAAGACGUUCGAUACGCUCCCUCUGGAGACUUGUUCGUGAGCGUGGGUUCGGACGCCAAAGUGUUCCUCUAUGACGGCAAUACGGGGGAUAUGACUGUCGAUUUCGGGGAGAACGUCCACAAGGGAACAAUCUUUGCUGCGAGUUGGAGUCCUGACAGCAGAUUCUUCUCCACAUCAUCUGCCGACAAGACAGUCAACUACUACGAUGCCGCUGCUAGUAAAGUCGUUGCGUCGUGGACCGUCGGAAAUGGCAUCUCCGACCAACAAGCUGGAAACACCUGGCUGGGAGAACAUGAAAUUGCAAGCUUGUCGCUAAAUGGCGACGUCAAUAUCUUUGAUACACGGUCUGGAAAGGUGGAACGGGUACUCUACGGCCCAACAAGAAGUGUCACAGCGUCUGCCAUCGAUUCUUCUGGCACGCUUUACACCGGCUCAUUUGAUGGCCGUAUUGUCAGUGUCACAGGUAACGGCACUGUAGAGUCCGUAACCGGUUCUGGCCAUACGAACCACGUCUCUGGCAUCGCGACAACGGCGUCAAAGAUGUGCUCUGUCGGGUAUGAUGAUACGUUUAGAGAGUUUUCUUCCACCGGGUUCGCGGCGACCUCACUCUCGACGAGUGGACAACCCAAGGGAAUCGCCACCGUAGAAGGUGGACUCGUCUUUAUCGCGACGGUAUCGACUAUCGAGGCACUCUCUGGUGGAAAGAAAGUGUCGGCACUUCAAGCAUCCUAUUCGCCACAGUCAAUCGCGGCGUACGGCAACAACGUUGCCGUCGGAGGCCAAGAUGAAAAGGUGUAUCUGUACUCGUGGGAUGGGUCAAAGUUGGUGGAGACGGGCAAGCUCGAAUCAAAUAGGGGCGCCGUGUCCUCUGUCGCAUUUUCGCCCGAUGGAAGCCUGCUAGCUGCGGGAGAUUCUGCUGGCAAACUCAUGCUCUACAAGGUUGCAGAUAAGUCGCUUGUGACAUCUCGUUGGGCAGGCCAUUCAGGUCGCAUCAACACUCUGGCGUUCCAUCCAGGAGGCAAGCACGUCGCCUCGGGCUCGCUGGAUACCAAUGUAUUUGUGUGGUCGGUGGAUAAGCCAUUGCGCAAACUGGCAAUUCCAAACGCGUGCAUGGGCGGCGUGAAUGUCGUCGAAUGGAUUGGGGAGAAUACGAUUGCAAGUGCAGGUGCGGAUGCAAGUAUCAGGACGUGGGAGAUUGUUCUUCCAGCUUAG